GUAAAAACUGUUCUUAUAUUCACAAAAGUCCUAUUAUUAUAAUUCUCCUUAUUCAGAUGAGGGAAUUGAGGAAAAGCUUGCUGAAGGUCAUGUAGCUGAUCAGUGGCAUAAUUGGGAUUCAUCUCCCUCCUCUAGUGCUAGUCUGAUUAUGAUGGAAUGUGAAGAUAUUUGCUUAUGAUUUUUCCAUUCUUCCAAUUGUACCUUUUCAUAUACUUCAUAAAGCCUUUUACUACAUUAAGAAAAGUUUCAAAAUCGUGCUCCUCUUAAUCUCUAAAUAAACUUAAGAAUAUAUUAGCAAUUAUAAGCAGAAGUCAUUUCUCUGACGGCCACAGAUAAGAUGUUGAUUUAGAAUACAUUAUUAUCCACUCGGCUAGUAAAGUGAGUGAAUUAAAAUCAAAAUUGGCUGCAAAGAGAGUUCCUUAAAAGAGACUUCUAAUGUCUCUUAAUAUUAAAAUACCAUUAAACUGAAAAAGGCAAAAAAAAAAAAAAUGAGGAUAAUAAUUCUUAUGUGUCAGGAUUAUUGCAAGAUUCAGUAAUCUCAAAGUAAUACAUGGUACUUAGUAUAGACUGAGCAACUUUCACUAUUACUACUUAGCAUAGUAUUUUUGUAUUUUGAAAACAGUGAAAUCUCCAGUAUUCCUUUCAGUGACAAGCCAUCAUGACUUUAACUCUUUCUGAUUGAGGGUGGGGGUGCUCGGAAAAGGGAGAGGCAUUAUUUCCUUUACAAGAUGCUGAAGAGUAGUUUUGAGUUUGUGACCUUUGAAAGCUAAAAUGUACUUUUCAAUAAAACAUUUUUUCUUCAUCUCAGAUUUUUGAAAGUCCUCAAGAACUAGUAAUUUGAGUCCUUCACCAACAAUCCAGUUGUAUAUUUAUGUCUAUAUUUAUUUUGUUUUAUAUAGGAUAAAUUUUUCAACCCCAGUAUCCCGUCUUUGGGUUUGCGGAAUGUUAUUUAUAUCAAUGAAACGCACACAAGGUAAAAAUAAAUUUCUUAUACUUCCAAUGCAUGUCGAGAGAAAGACUCCAUAAUAACCAACCAAUGCACUUUAAGAUGAAUCUCUUUUUCUUUUUUUCAGGAGUUAAUAGGGUAUUAACUUCUAACAUAUGAUACUUUAUCUAAAAAUUGGAACCUGAGAGACCUACUACUAUUCCACUGCUGUAUUAUAUAAUAUUUUCAUGAGACUGUAGAUAUUACUUACAGGUUUCUUUAACUUAUUCAUAUAUUGAUGUUGCUGCUGAAAUGUGUCAAAAUGUGAUAGAGAUUUGUUGGAGGAGAGAUGUAGGUUUCAGUGUCUUAUGGUAAAUUAUUAUUUUAUACUUAAAAAUGUAACUUUCUGAAAUCUACCUAAUCUAUAGAGUUUUGGAAGGUAUUUUCUUCUAUUGAGUGAAUAUUCUUUGAUUUAUUACUGGUUUAAGUCUUUUCUUAGAAUUCUUACUUCCAAAUCCCAGGCAUCAGAGUGAGAGAAAAAGAGGCUUUAUUCUCAGUGGAUUUAGCCUUGGGGAUGAGGAAGGAGAGUGAAUGUCUGCAAGACAAGAGCAGAACGGGAGCCAGAACCACUACCAAUCCUUGUAGUUCAAAGAGGAAAUGCCUGGAGGCUCAGGAGAUGAGAAAUACAUGAAAUUUCGAGAAAAAACUGGUCCAAGAAGUCAAAUACAUAAAUUUUAAGGCUUUCUCAUGUUACUGCUCAUAUUUUAAUGAUGUUUUUAUAAAUGAGCAUAUACUUGCAUAUAUGUUAGCUAAGUUUUUUUGUUUUUUAAUAGAACUAAAAUCAAAAGAUGUGAUUUUGCCAAUUUCUGUGCUGCCCUUCCUUUCCUCUCUUUCUUGUUUUCUUACGUUAAAAGGAAAGAGCAAUUUUUUUCCCUUUGGUUGACAUGACUAAAAUCCUAAGGAAAAGAAUCCCAUUCAGUCUCUUCUUUAUGUAAGUAGAUAUUUUACAUACAAAACUGAGGAGUUCAUUUGUUGUCUUCACUUGGAGGCAGUUAAGGAAAAAAAAAACAUGAGAAACACACACAGUUUUUACAUGUUAUAUUGACUAGGCAAUAUGAAACUAUUCAGUGUAAUAAGCUACCUGUACAGGUGGAUUGGCUAUUUAGCCCUUCUCUGUGUUGUAGGGAGCAAAGCCUAAAUAGUUUUCUGCACACACACACACUGCUUUCAGUCUGUUGCAAAGGGAUUUCAUCAAGAGUGUGGACUUUGUACAUUCCAGUAAUAAUUUUGAAACUGUUCACUGAAAGAUUUUAGAGUUAAACACUUAACAUAUUGGGCCAAGUUGUUCAGAGAACUGAGACAAAGGAAAGGAGGAAGAAACAAUGCCAGGAAGGAGAGUUGAAGGAACACGUGAUUCAUAAAUAAUUCUCCCCCAGUUUACUUUUCCUUGAUUGAAGACGUCUUGUAUAUUUUCAGAAUUAAUUUGUAAUUGAAAUCUCCUACUGUCUGUAUGGGUAUCUUUAUGGAGGAAAUGAUAGUAAGGAAUUAUAUUAUCAUUACAAAUGGUUUCAAAUCACCGCACAAUGAAAUCUUACAGCGUUCUUAUUCCGAGAUCCCUGUCUUAAGCCCCAUUCAGGUAACACACAGUCGUCGUCGCUGCUGGAGUUUGUCCUGUUUCUUAGGUGUGUUGAAUGUGUUUUAUAAAAAAGCCAAAAGGAGAGACGCAGCAAGAAAGCUCAGUAAGAGCUUCUGGCUUCGUAAGACCAGAGUACAAGUACUCAGACUGUUGUCUAGUUAACCUUGACUUCUGUCAACUUGUCAGCCUUACCAAUUCAAGAGUCAGCAAUCCCCUUAGAAGAAUUACUGUAAUGACAGCAAAAAGAAAAUUAGCCCUUUGUGGUAGGAAAACAUUCCCAAGUUAUUGUUUAUAGCCAGUAGCUGUAGCUAUAAGCUAUAUAGCUUGUAUACAAAACAUUCAACAUAUUUGGUUUUUUAAGUGGUACUAAUAAAGUAAGAUGCUUACAUUUCUUUUGUUUUUAUAUUUGGAUUAUUAGUUUGCAGAGCAAUACUAUUCAAGCAUUGACACACAAAUUCCAAGUUUAACUUUUAGCUGAGAGUACAUGAAAGAAAAGAAAAGAAAUAAAACUGUCUUCAUAGCGUCCUGAACUACUUACUAAGGAGAAUUUGCAACAGGAAAACCCUAAAUCUCUGGAACAGGCACCGAGGGUGGCUGGCAAGACGUCUUUCUUAUGUGCUUUUCGUUCAAGAGCGAGAUGUCCAUAAAGGCAUGUUUGCCACCAACAUAACUGAAAACGUGCUCAACAGCGGUCGAGUACAAGACGCAAUUGCAGAAGUGGCUGCUGAACUAAACCCUGAUGGUUCUGCUCAGCAGCAGUCGAAAGCUGUGCAUAAAGUGAAGAAGAAAGCCAGAAAGAUCCUUCAAGAGAUGGUUGCCACCGUUUCACCGGCAAUGAUCAGACUGACUGGAUGGGUGCUGCUGAAACUGUUCAACAGCUUCUUUUGGAAUAUUCAGAUUCACAAGGGUCAGCUUGAGAUGGUUAAAGCUGCAACUGAGAUGAAUUUGCCGCUUAUAUUUCUGCCAGUUCAUAGAUCACACAUUGACUAUCUCCUGCUCACUUUCAUUCUCUUCUGCCAUAACAUCAAAGCGCCGUACAUUGCUUCAGGCAAUAACCUCAACAUCCCCAUCUUCAGUACUUUGAUCCAUAAGCUUGGAGGCUUCUUCAUACGACGGAGGCUAGAUGAGACACCAGAUGGACGGAAAGAUAUUCUCUAUAGAGCUUUGCUCCGUGGGCAUAUAGUUGAACUACUUCGACAGCAGCAAUUCUUGGAGAUUUUUCUGGAAGGCACACGCUCAAGAAGUGGAAAAAUUUCCUGUGCUCGGGCAGGACUUUUGUCAGUUGUGGUAGAUACUCUGUCUACCAAUACCAUCCCAGACAUCUUGAUAAUACCUGUUGGAAUCUCCUACGAUCGUAUUAUUGAGGGUCAUUACAAUGGUGAACAACUGGGAAAACCCAAGAAGAAUGAGAGCCUCUGGAGCAUAGCAAGAGGUGUCAUCAGAAUGUUACGAAAAAACUACGGAUGUGUCAGAGUGGACUUUGCACAACCAUUUUCCUUAAAGGAAUAUUUAGAAACCCAAAGUCAGAAACCUGUUUCUGCUCCACUUUCUUUGGAGCAAGCAUUGUUGCCAGCUAUACUUCCCUCAAGAACCAGUGAUGCUGCUGAUGAAAGCACAGACACGUCCAUUAACGAAUCCAGAAAUGCAACAGAUGAAUCCUGCCGAAGAAGACUGAUUGCACAUCUGGCUGACCACAUUCUUUUCACUGCUAGCAAGUCCUGUGCUAUUAUGUCAACACACAUCGUGGCCUGCCUGCUUCUCUACAGACACAGGCAGGGAAUUGACCUCUCCACGUUGGUGGAAGACUUCUUUGUGAUGAAAGAGGAAGUCCUGGCUCGUGAUUUUGACUUGGGUUUCUCAGGAAAUUCAGAAGAUGUAGUCAUGCAUGCCAUACAGCUGCUGGGAAAUUGUAUCACCAUCACCCACACCAGCAAGAACGACGAGUUUUUUAUCACUCCUAGCACAACUAUCCCCUCAGUCUUUGAACUCAACUUCUACAGCAAUGGGGUGCUCCACGUCUUCAUUAUGGAGGCCAUCGUAGCCUGCAGCCUUUAUGCAGUUCUGAAGAAGAGGGGCCCAGGAGGGCCCGCGUCUCCCAGCUUGGUCAGCCAGGAGCAGCUGGUACGCAAGGCCGCCAGCCUGUGCUAUCUGCUUUCCAAUGAAGGCACCAUCUCUCUGCCCUGCCAGACCUUUUACCAAAUUUGCCAUGAAACAGUGGGCAGGUUUAUCCAGUAUGGCAUUCUUACAGUGGCGGAGCAAGAUGAUCAGGAAGAUAUCAGUCCUGGUCUUGCCGAGCAGCAGUGGGACAAGAAGCUUCCGGAACCUUUGUCUUGGAGAAGUGAUGAAGAAGAUGAAGACAGCGAUUUUGGUGAGGAGCAACGAGAUUGCUACCUGAAGGUGAGCCGGUCCAGGGAGCACCAGCAGUUCAUCGCCUUCCUGCAGAGGCUCCUCGGGCCCCUGCUGGAGGCCUACAGCUCUGCCGCCGUCUUCAUUCACAACUUCAGCGGUCCCGUCCCCGAGCCGGAGCUCCUGCAGAAGCUGCACAAACACCUGAUCACGAGAACGGAGAGGAGGGUUGCCGUGUACGCUGAGAGCGCCACUUACUGUCUUGUGAAGAACGCUGUGAAAAUGUUUAAGGAUAUCGGGGUUUUCAAAGAGACCAAACAAAAGAGAGUGUCUGUUUUAGAACUCAGCAGCACUUUUCUACCUCAGUGCAACCGGCAAAAACUCCUGGAAUAUAUUCUGAGUUUUGUGGUGCUGUAGGUAACUUCGGCCGCCUCUGGCAAGUUCAGGGCCUGGGACCCGCUCCUCGUAGGCUCCGCCUGUGGCCCGAGAGCGGGCGGCGCCAUCGUGUGGUCGGGCCGGACCUGUCCUGACGCGACCUCCUGGAAGACAAGUGCCUUCUCCCCUCCGUGAUCUGUGAUGGUUGGACACUGAGGUGACACAACAGCCUGCAGAUCACACCAUGGGGGCCCCAGCCUCCAUCUGCAGUUCAUGAUCAAUAGAUUGCAAAAUGAGAUUUUGGAGUUUGUUAAAGAUUUACAUUCUAAAUAUAACUGUUAGGGACUUAUUACUGUGAUGGACACACAAAUGUAGUUGAUUCUAAAACUGAAUUGUGUUCAGUACACUUAAUGCUGUCAGGUAAUUUGUUGGUAUAUGUUCUGAUUAAUGCUUCCUUUAAAAGUAAUUGUGUCAUCCAUUCACUGUNUUAACUUGUGUUCUUCGUUUUUUUUUUUUUUUUUUUUUUUUUUUUCAGUUUUAUCUAUGUCAAUUGUAGCUAACUGUUAAAUGGGAACAUUUUUUUCCUCGCAAAGUGCUUUACAAUGAAUGGGCUAUUCACACAUAGGUGUCACUGUGCUGUCUGUUGCAGUCAGGUAUAGAAAGUGUUUUAAGAGCUAAGUGGAAACACAAUAUUAAUUUAGGUCAGGAAUAGAGAUAAUCUGACCAAUCAGCUCAUACCAGGAAAUAAAUUUGGCUGGUGAAAUUCAAGAUAAACUUGGCCGGAAAACUGACUUUGAAAAUGUUUGCUCAUGUGAAAAAGUGCCAUUGAGUUUUAAAUGACCAGCAAGUAUUUAGGAACGACUCCUGUUUUAUGUCUGUAUCCCUUACCUGCCACCCCUCCCCCCACCUCCUGCCUCAGGUAGUACCUGCCUGUCAGGUACGGUUGUUUCUUGGAGAUAGCAGCUGUCCUAACUUAUUAGCUUGACCUGAUUGCCUGUGUUCGUGUAAAGUGCUCUGGCUGCAGACUCAUGACCCAGGCCUCUUAUGUCCUGCAGACUGGUUGUACACUUUUGAGUGGCUGGUACCCACUCAAGUUGGGCAGAGUACCACCUGUGGGUUGUACAUCACAUAUGUGAUGGCCCUGCAGACUGGCAGAUGGUCAGAGGCAUUUGUAGAUUUUUUUAGCUUUGAGAAAAAGAAAACCAUGGUUCUUUAAAAAUAUGCAUGGGUUAUUUUCCUAAACCCUGAUGCCAUAUAGUGGCAAAUAAUUAUGAAAAAUUGUUCAUAACAGGUAGGUGCCUUUUUUGUGAGCAGGGAUCAUAAUUGUUCGCUAAUUGUGGUAAUGAUGGUGAUUUCGUAAAGAUCAUGUGAUAUAAAAUGUUUUCUAACAGCUGACUGUUUGUUCUUCUCUCCGUGGUAUUAAGGAAUUAGGAAUUUUUCCUGACAAAUACUGCAGGUAAUCUUUGAAUUUAAUAGAAAGGUACUGAGAAUUAAGUUUGUACUUUUAUCAGCUUGGAUUUUAAACACUAAUAAUGGGUCUUGUGAAUAUUCUGUGUGUGUUGGGAGAGGGAAAAAUACUGAUCGGUAUUUCACAUUGUAUGAAAUUUUUGAAACUCGGAGCAAUAAUGCCAUGCUGUUGUGAUUUUCUUCCACUCUUCUCAGAUUCCGCAUUUAAAACAUGUUUUCCUUAUAGGAGCUCACAUCCCAUUAAGCCAUUGCCAGUGUCGCAGCGGCUCUGAUGUGGAGUGGGGUCUUCACCGUGUUACAUUCCAUUUUACAUCCUAAGUAGGAUUGAGCUCUGUGUUUGGGGAACAGCCAGGGAGGCUUAUGUAUCCCCUUGUGUGUUCCUUACCUAGGUAAGCAAACGUUUCACUAGUCUUUUUUACACAUCCAUGAAAUUACAGGCCAAGGGUCACUCAGACUAAGUCAAGGUUGGGACUGACCUCCCGUGACCUCUGCUGCUCCGCCUGUGACUUCCGCUAGGAGCUGCUGCUUGGGUCACUCAGACUAAGUCAAGGUUGGGACUGACCUCCCGUGACCUCUGCUGCUCCGCCUGUGACUCCGCUAGCAGCUGCUGCUUCGCCCGCCUGGCGGGGAGCAGUGGCUUCGCUGGCUCUCUUCCCUUCAGCUGGUUUGUUUUCUAGAAAUCUAGUCAGAUGCUUUGGGGAAUGCAAUGUAUGAUUUGCUAGCUCUCUCACCACUUAACUCACUGUGAGAAUAAAUAUGCAUGCUUUCUGUAAUUAACUGGUGCUUUGAAAACCUUUUUUGAGGAAGGCAAAUCUCAACCAAAGUUCUGCUCAUCCAGACAAGCUCACCCUCGAGUUAAUUUUAGCACAGCUCAUUCUUUAGUGCCUCGUUACUGAACGAACAUCCAUCAUCCCAGUAAGGCUUCCAGAUACCACUAUUUUGCUAAAAGAUUUAUUCUCCUUGUUCUCCAAAAGCGAAUGGCUUUCACGUAAGAUUAAACAAAAUAGGUGCUUGUAAAUAAUUUAUUACCGUUUACUCUAUUGCAUUUCUGUAAUACUGAAAUGCAUGCCCUCCAGGGGAAGACAGACUGUGAGUCGAGUUAAAAAGCAAACAAAAAGUCCCAAUGAUAAGCAAUAUGAAGCUACACUCUUUCAAAAUGAGAAAGUCCUAAGUAAUUAAAAAGAGAAGAAGGAACUUUCGCUCUAAAGAGAAAAGGAAGGAAGUAGUGUGAGGUGUGUAGAACUAGUAACAGAGAAAGGACUACGAGUCCUCCUCAGAUCUGUGAAGUCUCAUGAAGUCACAAGGGUGAGUGGGGAAAAUGCAUCAGGGACCGCAGUGAAUGUAAACUCAGAUUGUGGAAUUUCCAAUCUGAGGAGCAAACCAUUUCCCAGAGUUCUCCGUGUAUAUGAGUGCUCUAUGAGAUAUUCUUAGGUGUUUUGUGGGAAAAGUGUUGCUGAUAAAAUUAAUUUGCACAUGAACCCUCAUUCCUAGAAACUCACAGUGCACUUUAGCACAGUAACGGCUCAGGGCCCGCUGGUACGAAACCUGCAUUAACCCAGCAUUUCCCGAUCUGUGCGACCCCAGAGCCUUUCUCACCUUCUGAACACCGCUAUGGACCUCUCCUGAGGUUCACAGAAAACAUUUUGGGAAACACUACGUUAUGUAUUUCUUUAAGAGGACAAGACAGUAACUGCCAGGUGGUACAGAGGCAUAUCUGCAUGCAUUUUGUACGAUCAAACGUUGUGUUUAAUGGAUGUACACUUCCUCCCCUGGAGACAAUAAGCACAGAAAACUAUCGUAUAGGUGGUCAGAGCUCUUCAAUGAAAGAUCAGCCCUCAAUGUGUCUGGGUUUUUAACUGAAAGGAGCAAAAUUAACACUAGGAUUAAUUGGGGUAAAAAAUUAAGAUUUUAAGUCAGACCUAGCAGAAGAUAUUGCACAAUCAAAUGCAGCUUUUUAUCCACAAAUAGUUCUGGUGUUUAGAAAUGAUAGGACCUACCACUGAGGUUUAUAAGACUUAAUUUGGAUGUAAAUCUGUUUUUUAAAGCACUCUUUUUAGCAACUUGAGACUUGGCAUCUGGCAUUUCAGUUUAAUACAAAAUGAUGGCAUUUGAAAGAGACUUUUGACUUUAUUUCUAAACAUCUAAAGUUCUGAAAUGCCUUGAUGGAAGGUGUUAAACUGUUUGCCUGUUGUACAAAGAAAUGUUAGAUUGUUGUAAAAAGAUUGAUUAUAAAGUACCGUAAAAUAGCAUGGUGUGAUGUUGUGAAUGAAACUGAUUUGGAAAUGUGGAUUGAUUUUUACACCUGUUAAUAUAUUGUAAGAAGCCCAGAGGUGUAGCUUUGUUUUAAUAAAUCAAAAAGUGAAUAUAUUCUUGAUGUCUUGUAUCUGUAGUUAAAAGUUCCUUGCAUAAUUCAUUAUACAAACACGUCUUGUUUGACUUCACAUAGACCAUGAUUAAAAUGCUUAUAGGAAACAAUCUUAAAUAAAUUUGUGAACCUACA